GGACAUAGUGUGUAUGAUUUCUUGAAGUUUUAUUUAUUGAAGUUAAAGUGUAUCUAACUUUGUGAGAGAAAAAAGAACGAAGUUCUGCGAUCUUCUAUAUCUCAAAAUCUUGAGCGAGCACAUCUAUCUCCUGAAGAUGCCCACGACGCCUUUGAAAAUAGAUAUACUUGAGGACGGUAUCCGUCCACGAGAUUGGCAACCGCGAAAAUCAAAUUAUAAAGUGCCUUUGAGAGUGAUGCGAUUAUGUGUGCUGGGGAUGUUUCUGCCAUCUGCCCUUAUUGCUGUACCGUUGUAUGUGCGAUACCAUGUGUAUUCCGAGCAGCUAUACGCUUUAACAAUAUCAGAUCAAAGGCUAAUCGACGCCAAAGUAUCCACUUUUUGGUGUCAAAAACAAGUAGUCAAAGUUAAUGCUACAUUUAAUGCAUAUCUGAUGAGUAACGAACCAGUAUUCGAAAAGGAAGCAGUGCCAAUUUCGAUGACGAGACACCUCGUUAUGGAAGAUGACAUGAAGGAGUACUGGGGAUUUUAUCUUUUACGUGGAAGUAGCGUCACUGUUUCGACUUGUGUAAGAUGGCCAGGUGCUUCUUUAACGAUAAUCCGUGGAUUCAAGAAUCUACAUGAGUGCGCCUUCAUUGGAGAUGACAGUAGCGAGGAACUCGAUGAACUCCUUGAGGUCGCCAAGGAACAAGGACUUCUUGAUAUGAAAGUGACUACUGAAGCGACACGUCUCAACAUACCUGAAAAAAUGAGUCGAGUAAAUCAGGACGUACAGUUUCAUCAUAAAGGUAAUGCCCUGCGCUUAAACAUUUCCACAUCAUUGGAGAAUCAGGUGGGUAGUCAUGAGUUAGACGCUCAGACAAUGCGGCAUAUUCUCACACAGCUUUUGGCCAAGACUACUGAUACGAAGAAGAAGCAAAAAGAAAAUCCGCAUCAUCAUUAUGAGGCUGUCUUCAAGGAAGUCACUAAUAUCGAUAAACCACCGAUCGCAAAUCAUCUUGACAAUUUAUCUUUUGAAAAUCAGCUUCUGCGGGAAUCAAGCACAUCUGACAAUAAUACAGAGAUAUUGGAAAAUAGUACAAAGUGGAUAUUGGAAAAUAGUACAAAAUUUUUGCCUUCAAAUAUGACGUUUACUUCUGUAAAAGAAAUCAAACGGAAUUUCACGUCUUUCUCCGAUCUUCGCCCGAGUCUUGCGACAUCCAAUACACAAAUGAAAACCGAAACAAUGGAAGAAAUUACAAAAAAACAAGAAGAGUCAAAAGCCAAACAGAUAAACUCUGCAGAAAUAUUUCAAGAUGUCUUGCGAAAGAUCAAUUCUUUAGGCGAUCGUGGCAGACAAAUGUUACGUAAAUUAAUGGACGAGAUUGAUGCACAGAACAAUUCCAAAGGUGCCGCGUUGAAACGACUGGUAAAUGAAACGAUGAAUGACAAAAAAUUAUCGAACGAAGACAAGCGAAGAAAGAGAAGAGACUUAGUUCUUUCGUCGCCGCUCCAUAAAUUAUUAACGGAGGAGGAUAAAGAGGGGGAUGCAGCACUAGAAGAAGAUACAUUGAAUCCAGACGGUAUUGCAGAGGUCCGAGGUAGCGUAAAUGAAACAACUUUGAAUGAUAGAAGUAAUUCAGAGUUCUGGAGUUCGUUUAGUAGUUCGGAGGAGCGGUUACUGGAAUGCAAGGGUCUCAUCCUGAAUUUACCUCUGACACCGCAUCGUUAUUGUACACCUAAACAUGAAAGUCAUCAUUCUACGGCUUCCUUUGCGAAUACUGUAACAUAUAGAGUACCUUUAAAUGGAUAUUACUUCUUUGUAUUUAAUUCGGAGAAUGAAGUGCAACAUAAUUACGUGAGAGUAAAAUUUGAUCUUUUGAAAACUGUCUACAAUACUUCAAAUCCUGUGUACGCAUGCAAAAAUAGCACGAAAGAGUGCUCAUUACCAUUUAAAAUCUUCAGCAAAGAAAGAACGGUAUUAGAAUUGCCCUUGAGUAAUAAUGAUUCGCAAUGGAACGAAGAGUAUGUUGGUGUGUCUACAUGUGAACCACGAACGACAAUUUACACUAUCUGUAUUAUUAUGGUACCUUUCCUCAUCCUUGGUUUUGCUUUUUACUAGAAAAUUGCAUUAGCAACAAUAUUUUUCUAUA